CCGUCUUUGUCCACCUAAUCCAGGCGGCUGUUUAUUACGCCUUCAUUACGGCUCAGACUCCAGCUCCUGUAAAUAGCCUGCAGGUGCCGCGUCGCCAAAAGAAAAGAGAGAGAAAAAGAGAGAGGAAGCUUUUUCUAAGCAAGGGUACAGAAACCAGUGCUCCGCCUCGGAUAUACAGGCAGGGAAACGCCACAAAAACCGACCGAGCGAAAAGCCGCCAGAGGGUAGAGAGGAGCGCAGAAUCCCCACAUCCAUCUGUCAGACGCUUUCCAGCCCGGAUUUCAACGCAGCUAUCGAGCUAAUAUCACCAGGAAAAUGUCUGCCCCAGCUGCUGGAGCCCCUGCACCAGAGGGAGCAAAUCAAGGCCCUCCCAACCUCACCAGCAACCGCCGUCUGCAGCAGACUCAGGCGCAGGUGGAUGAGGUGGUGGACAUCAUGCGCGUAAACGUGGACAAGGUUCUGGAGCGUGAUCAGAAGCUGUCAGAACUGGAUGACAGGGCCGACGCCCUGCAGGCCGGAGCCUCUCAGUUUGAGACGAGCGCCGCUAAACUGAAGAACAAAUACUGGUGGAAGAACGCCAAG